UCCGCGCUGCCCAUCAUGCUGGGAGACCACAGCAGUGUCCCCACAGACCGGGCUCUGCUCAGCCCACCCCCGAAGACCGGGCUCAGCUGCAAGAUGGUGCUUCAGGCAGUCGGCAAAGUGCUCAGGAAGUCCAAAGCCAAGCCCAACGGGAAGAAGCCCGUUGCUGAGGAGAAGAAGGUGUACCUGGAGCCGGAGUACACGAAGUCCAGGAUCACCGACUUCGGGUUCAAGGAGCUGGUGGUGCUGCCCCGGGAGAUCGACCUCAAUGAGUGGUUGGCCAGCAACACCACGACAUUCUUCCACCACGUCAACCUCCAGUACAGCACCAUCUCAGAGUUCUGCACAGGGGAGGCGUGCCAGACGAUGGCCGUGUGCAACACACAGUACUACUGGUAUGAUGAGCGGGGCAAGAAGGUGAAGUGCACGGCCCCCCAGUACGUCGACUUCGUCAUGAGCUCCGUGCAGAAGCUGGUGACCGACGAGGACGUGUUCCCCACAAAAUACGGCCGCGAGUUCCCUAGCUCCUUCGAGUCCCUGGUGAAGAAGAUCUGCAAGUACCUGUUCCACGUGCUGGCGCACAUCUACUCGUCGCACUUCAAGGAGACCCUGGCGCUCGAGCUGCACGGACACUUGAACACGCUCUACGUGCACUUCAUCCUCUUCGCCCGCGAGUUCAACCUGCUCGACCCCAAAGAGACGGCGGUCAUGGACGACCUAACGGAGGUGCUGUGCGGCGGCGGCGGCGGCGGCGGCGGGGGCCGCGGGGACGGGGCGGGCGGGGCGGCGGGCGCACAGAACCACGUGAAGGAGAGGUGAGCCCGGCCGCCCGCGUGCGGAGAGGCGGCGCGGCCGCGCGCGUGUCCGUGCGUGCGCACGGCGGACCCGCGGCCGCGGGGGAGGCGGCGCGCGGAGUGUGGGCGCGGGCACUCUGCGCCGCCCGCCGGCACCGAGAACUUUGGGACUCCGCUCGUCUGCUGAGACACUUAGGGACCGCCCCCGUCCAAGUCCCUUUCUGCGGGUCCGUCUCUCCCGGUCUUCUGCGCCCGCCCCGCCGCCCGGUUCGGCCUCCGGGGAGACACGCGACAGGCGGGGCUCCU